AUGGCUGCUGCGUCGGCCGACGCAGACGGCCCGAUGAAGAUCGACCCAGGGAAGCAGAUGGUGCACAAAGGCGACCCGACCGAACCGACGUACACACUGGCCCCUUUGGCUGACGUGCUGAAGGUUGACAGGGUCGGCAAUCACAGCUACGUGGUGACCAAUGUGAUUACUGGCGAGACUUCUCUCGUGGAGCCGUUCUUGGAGUGCGAGCUCGUCACCGUCGGCUGCGAUUGCGCGCUGGCCUUGGUGACCAUGGAUGGCGAUGCUGACGUGAAGGAUCUCGACGCCCUCUUCAAGUAUGCGGUCUAUGUGGACGAGAGCGGCCACUACAACAUAAGCACGUCCAGGACUACCAAGCAUGCGCCCAAGGAGUUCGUCAACUGGCACUACCUGCGGAUGAAGUUCAGGAGGGGUCGCAGCCUUAUCCCGCUCUCGUACGUCGGCGCCUCCGUGGACAUCGCGACCUGCACGAUGAAGAGGCCUCGCGAAGGCAAUCAGCAAAUAUGGUGGCAACUUUCAGCGGUCCACAGCAUUCUGAAGGUUGCCAGUUUCAGGAAGGUGUUCAGCCAGUGGUUCCAGAGGCUCCACCAGUCGUGGACCACCGGCUUCGUGCGUUACAUCGGCCCCAGCGGGAAGGGCCUGAUCAUCCAGGCCUCCUACGGCACGGACGACACGUCGAAUAGGAAGUCUAAGCUGUUGCCAGACAUGCGGUGCCUACCGUUCGCUUGUGCCUCCACCGCAGGACUCCUCAUGAUGCUGCACAGGAUCGGAACCACUAUGCCGAAGGGCGGGGAGAAUACCGUCAUCACGCAGAAGUGCGCAAACACGCUUGCCGAAUCGCUCGCGGGGUUGACCAGGAGACAGCCGUGGAAUAUUGCAUUGGAGUUGGACGACGAGUGGGUGUGCACGUGGCCUCGCCCUCGAGUGAAGCCCGAUGGCGUCUCGGCCAUCCAGAUCACCUGCAUCGGCGGCCUCGCGGACCUGUCCCAGCUCCUCGCCGCGGGGGAGCGCGAUGGCCCAGCCAGGAGGUGGUGGGCAGUGCUGAAGUACAUUAUCACUGGCGAGUCGGCGCAGAUCAACGUGGACGAGCUCUUGAAGGCUGCAUGCGGCAAGACUGCCUUGAGGAGCCUGUGCGGCCAGGUCGUCCUCGCGAUGUCUUGGGAAAUCGAGAGGGUCUGUUUGAAGCAAUCUCAUGGCGACGCCCCCAACGGACCCGAUGGCUUCGAUUUCAAGUACCUCAAACCCUCGGACAUCAUCGACGCCGAAGGGUUCGACAGCUUCCUGUGCCAGUACACGGUGUGCGCCAAAUCGGUGCACCAGACUGUUGGGGCGGGCCACCUUUGCUUCACGCUUGCCACAGACAAGGCGACGCCGUGCAACCUGCCACUCCAGGACAGCGUUGUCGCCCUCGCGGACAACCAGGCUUGGAUCUGCCCGCCCCAGGUGGGCCAGAGCUUCGACGGCGAGGGCGCCGUCCCCGACGCUGUCGGCGUGAACCCGAAGAAGAGGCAGGUGGCGACUGGUCCGACUGGCGGACGACCCCCCCGCCUGACAGUGGCAAUCGACUUGGGCGGGGACGGCCUCAGCGCGAUGAACCUUCUCGAGUAUGGGCCCAAGGAGUUCAAGUGUUGUGUCGACAAGUUUUGCGACCCUGCCCAUGGUGGCAACCGCUCUGUGGUGUGCAUGCUGCACGACGUGAAGCUCUGGGGGUUCAUGCUGGCUAUGUUGUGCUCGUGGAACCUCCCGUUCGGGCCGAACCCCGAUGAGAGAAAGCGCUACAAGGAGCUGAGGGAAGCCAUGGCGGACUUCGUCAACAGCAAGGGUGCCAAGUCUUCACCACUGUUCUUGAGCAAGGCCUCGGGACUUCGGACGUGCUACGAGAGGCAGGGCCACAAGUUCGACGAUUCGCGAGACAUCGAGGACCAACUUCUGGAACUUCUGUCCGCACGUGCAGGCCACGUGCCGACUGGCAUGCGGACUAACCUCAAUCGCUUCCAGGGCGUCACUGCUUGCGCCCUCAAGAAUGUACCGAAUUGGGAGGUAGAUGAGUUCGAGCGCACGUGCCUGGCGCUGCACAACGGCUGGCUCGCGACGAAAGCAUUAUUGAAUCAGUUUCGCGUCAAACCAGGGCCCGCCCAGAUCGUCGAAGAGCACGCCACCGCAUCUGCAGCGGCUUCGCUGGUUUUGGGCAAGCACGUCAAGGACUGGCACACAGAGGGGAACAAGAUCGGGCGAUCCGCCAAGGGCACGUUCGAUUGGAUCGUUCGCCAGGCGGGCGGGGAGUUCUUGACGCACGUGGCAGGCCUCGUGGCUACUGGGCAGGACGCACGCUUCCUUCAGGAGUGCGACUUCGCAUGCUCUGAAGCCGACGCCCAGAAGCUCGACGCAAAUGACGUUGCCAUGGAGGACGGGGCCGCGAUGAUGAUCACGGACAUGCAGUGGUGUUUGGUCAAGCACCGCUUGAGCCGAGGGUUGCACAUGACGCUUGGGUGGCCGUGGCGAAUGGUUGGCACCCACAGCGACGAGCCUGGACUUGCCGACCAGAUCCUCCAGAAGUUCAAGGUCGACCUGGAGGCCUGCGAAGCGCUGACAAAGUACCUCCCCAUGUCAGCCGCAGUGAAGGAGGUCGUUGAUAGGCACUUGUUUGGGAAGAUCAGCAACCAAGUGCUCCAGCGCGCCUGUCUCGACCCAGCGGUGAACUUCAGUCCCCAUGCAGAGUUGAAAUCGUUGCUUCAAAGGUGGGCCUCUGGUCUCCUGAUGACCCAGAUUGUUGAGGACAUUAACGGCGCACAGAAGAACAACAGGCAAGUUAUGUCGGCUGCUCGGUUCAGGAAGCCAGAGGAGAGCAUGACAGUUGCCCUUGGUUCUGGGAUUCUCGAGGAGCGCCGCGACUUCGACCUCCUGAUUCCCGAGCACGUCUACGUGGCCAAGAGCGCCAGGCUUCCAGCGGAGGCGUUCAGGCCUUCGCCAGCGACCCGCAGCCUUAAGUUCGAGAGGCUG